CGCAGGCACUGGGUAUCACAUUCUCCCGCAGAUGCUGCUGAAGAGGCGUGGCACGCAGACUUACACACACACACACACACACACACAUCUCUCUCUCUCUCUCUCCCUCUCUCUCUCUUUCUCCCUCUCUCUCUCUCUCUCUCUCUCACACACACACAAACACAUCUGCACUCUCUCUCACGCGCGCACCCCAAACUUCACACCCAGCGGUCAAACAGACAGUAGCCUGGCGCUCUCUCUGACUGCAGGAGCAGCAGAGGAUAAAGAGAAGACAGAAUUUAGAGCUCUUCUUCCCCUUUCAACAGCCGCUCGGACGUGAGCUGAGCAGGUUCGGACUCUCCGCCGGUCCCUUUCAACAGCCGCUCGGACGUGAGCUGAGCAGGUUCGGACUCUCCGCCGGUCCCUUUCAACAGCCGCUCGGACGUGAGCUGAGCAGGUUCGGACUCUCCGCCGGUCCCUUUCAACAGCCGCUCGGACGUGAGCUGAGCAGGUUCGGACUCUCCGCCGGUCCCUUUCAACAGCCGCUCGGACGUGAGCUGAGCAGGUUCGGACUCUCCGCCGGUCUCUCGUACUGCAGCCCCAGCAGAUAAAGAUGGCGGCGGCCGGUACGGACCCCCUGGAGAUCCGCCUGGGACUCAUCAGCAGCGGCGGCAAGUACCUGACGGCCGAGUCCUUCGGCUUCACCGUCAACGCGUCCGCCAGCUCCAUGAAGAGGAAGCAGAUCUGGACGCUGGAACAGGCCGAUGAGGGGGACGCCCGUGAGGAGGCGAGGAGCGAGGCCGUGGUCCUCCGCAGUCACCUGGGACGCUACCUGGCGGCCGACAAGCACGGCAACGUGACCGCGGACAGCGAGAGCCCUGGGGUGGACGCCCGAUUUCUCGUCACGGCGCACGACGACGAUGGGAGCUGGUCGCUGCGGUCCGAGGCGCACGGCCGCUACCUGGGCGGGACCGAGGACCGCAUCUCGUGCUUCGCGCAGAGCGUCUCGCCGGCCGAGAGGUGGACCGUGCACUUCGCCAUGCACCCGCAGGUGAGCCUGUACAGCGUGGCGCGGAAACGCUACGUGCACCUGAGCGCCGCGCGGGGGGGAGAGCUGGCGGCCGAGCGAGACGCGCCCUGGGGGGUGGACUCCCUGCUCACGCUCGUGUUCCUCGAGCGCCGCUAUCACCUGCAGACCGCCGACAACCGCUUCCUGUCGAGCAGCGGGGCGCUGGUCAGCGCGGCCGACGCCAGCACGGGCUUCACGCUGGAGUUCCGCGCCGGGAAGGUGGUGUUCCGAGACUCGGCGGGGAGGUACCUGUCGCCGGCCGGUCCCACGGGCACUCUGAGGGCGGGCAAGAGCGCACGCGUCGGGAAGGACGAGCUUUUCGUCCUGGAGCGGAGUCACGCGCAGGUGCUGCUGCGGGCCAGCAACGACAGGAACGUGUCCAUGCGCCAAGGUGUGGACCUGUCGGCCAAUCAGGACGAAGAGUCGGACCAGGAAGUGUUCCAGCUGGAGAUGAGCAAAGAGGAGGCGGGGCUAUGUGCCUUUAGAACCGUACGCGGAACCUACUGGAACCACACACACAGUGGGCAACUGCAGAGCAACGCCUCACUCAAGUCUGCUAGCUGUUUCUUCCAUCUGGAGUGGGAGGGGUCAAAGGUCACGCUGAAGGCCAGUAACGGGAAGUACAUCAAUGCCCGCAAGAAUGGACAGCUCUCUGCCAGCGCUGACACACCAGGUGAGUCGGAGCAGUUCACCGUGCGGCUGAUUAACCGUCCUCUGAUCGUGCUGCGGGGGGAACACGGCUUCAUCGGCGCCCGCAAGGCCGACUCUGCCACCCUGGACUCAAACCGCGCCUCCUGCGACGUCUACCAAUUACAGCACAAGGGCGGAGCCUACAGCCUCAAAGGCCAGGCAGGUCGCUAUUGGUCGGUUGGGCCUGAGGGAGGCGUGACCUGUGGAUCCGCGGAUCCUGAUUGGUUUGAGCUGGAGCUCUGUGGGCGGAGUCAGCUGGCCAUCAGGACUGCAGCUGGGCGUUAUCUCCAUGGAGACCACACGGGGGCGUUGACCACUAAAACACACUCACCUGACCAAUCCUCCCUUUGGGAAUACUAACACACACACACACACACACACACACACACACACACACACACUCACCUGACCAAUCCUCCCUUUGGGAAUACUAACACACACACACAC